GCUCCCGGGGGAGCUGGCGGCCCGCGCGUGGGAACGGCGGAGAAGGGGCUAAGGGAGAGCUCGGCGUGCCGGGACGGAGCCGGCGGCGGGUGGCAGCGGGGUGGCAGGACCCCCGGGGCGGGCGGCUCCCCCGGCAGCCCCGGAGCCCAGCUCUGCCCGAGCAGAUGGCACCGGGCGUGAGCGCUGGCACGCUGCUAACUUUGUUCUCGGCGGGGCUCGGGAGCCGCCUCCCCCCGCCCCUCCAAGGGGCUGCGGGUCUGCGAUCCCCUUCACUUCGCAGCUGCGGUGGCUAACGCGGGGUCACGGUCACCCUGCUCGGCGUGGCCGCUGGCUUACAGCCACGGGUGCGGAGCUAGCCGGGUGUGCCCGCUUGGGACGGGAGGGUGGGUACCUUAUGGGUACCGGUUGUGGCAGGACGAGGGCCGGGCCAGCUCUGUCCCGCAAGUCGGGGAUGCCUCAGUCCUGCCUCAGGAUGCCGUGCUGGGGUUCAGGGAACGCAGGCAGCCCCCCGUUCUGGAGGUCGCAGGAACAGGCAAGCCCCUCUGUGGCUUCAGUGUUCCUCUGCGGAUGUGUUGCCCAUCCUCAAGCCCACUGCUGUGGUGCCUGGUCUGGAAGGUGCCCGCUGGAUCACACAGGGCUUUGGCACCACGUGUGCUCCGAGAGUGAGGGUUUGGAACUGAAAGCAGUAACACCUUAGGCUUCUUCAAAGUGGGGCUAAACCUGGGUUGUUGCUGCAUUGUGGCCCUCAGCCCACUCAGGGGCAAAUUGGAGCCGGGCAGAGUUUCAAGGUGGGCAGAAUGUGGAGGCACUGUGGAAGGAGCCUCCUGUUCAGGCACACCUCCUUUCCUGGUGACAAUCACAGACAAGUUCUGGGGGUGCUCAGUCUGUGGCUUUUGCUUUUCUUCUUCCUUUUUUCUACUAAAACAAAGAGAAAUUUGCUUUCGGCUUUGUUUUAGUUUAGGCUUCCACAGUAGUGUGGAGAUGAAGGUGAGGUUAAGAAAAGACUUGUGUGUGGCACAGGACUUGCCCCACUGGUUGUUGAUACUCAUCACCCAAAAGUGACAUUGCAGCUUCUCGCUGCUGGGCUGAGAUCCCCCUGGUGAGCAGCAUUCCCCAGGCUCCAGGUCCCCGGAGUGUCUUUCCUGUCCCUGGUGUGUCUUUUCCAUGGGCACUGAAGAGGAGGUGGGGCUGAAGAAGCUGCUUUGAGGGGGAACCUCACCAGCCUCCACUGGAUUUAGGAGUGUGUGGGCUGCGGUGCCAAGGCCACGGCUGCUUCUAUGUGCUGGCCUGGCACUGUGGAGGCUGAAGAAAGCUGGGCAAUGGAAGGGUACCCAGGGAGGAUCUCAAAUACACAUGGAGCCAAGGAAGGCCUUUUUGGGAUCUAGGAAAGCAGAGCCUGGGAAAGCUCAGCCCCAAAUGCAGAUGCGUCCCCUGUGCAAUGCAUCAUUGGGGCUGAGAGGUCGAUCUGUGUCCUGGGUGGGAGCUCUGGUGCAGGAACACCAGUCAGGCUGGGUGCAGGAGGGGAGAUUGGGCAAGGCCAGGGCAGUGUUACCACCGUCCCACUGCCUUGGGAAGCAUCUGGGUGAGCAGAGCUUCCUGCCUGGCUUCAGCACAACCCAUGCUUGUCCCCUGCUCCAUGGAGACUGUGGCUGCGCCCUGUUUGCAGCAGGGAGUUGAAGUGCACAGCCCUGAGCUGAAGGGCCGUGAGCCCUGCUGCCACCACCAGCCCCUGCACCCGUGAAUGGGGCAGCAGUGUCACACCAGAGUAGGAUGUGCAGGAGUUCAGCAACAAAGAGCACCCCUCAGAGCAGUAUCAAGGACCUGAUGGAAAGUCCCUGUGCCAUGCUCAGGCUCCCUGUUGGCUUUGAGCAGGCUAGGAUGCUGCCACAGCCACAGGGCUCUUCAUCACUUUUUUCCUCUGUGUCAAAAAUGAGUCCUUCUCUCUCUCUCUCUCUCUCUCUGUGUCUGUGUUGUGCAUGGGGGGUGACUCUGGCCAUGAAGGGGAGGAGCAGUAACAAGAGGAAGGGGGACAGGCUCUUCCUAGCACCUUUCAGUGCCAUAUCCCCAGGAGAUAGGGUAUGUGCAGCUCUGGAUGGAGGAGCAGCAAGAGCUCCAGCUAUCGGCAUCACCAUCCUUGUGAGGAUGGAGCAGCAGCCUGAGCAGUGGCGGCACAGUGCCAUGACCUGCUGUCCCUCUUGCAGAAUUCAAGGUGCUGGUGUCUUGCCCUGCCUGGAGCCUGAGGUCCCGUGUGCCCAUCCGCCUCCCGACGUCACCAAUGCGACCAUGGGAACUGGCAGUGAAUAGGCGGCCGCCCUCUGCCCCUUUUGCCCAGCGCCGUUUCUCGGGGGGACCCUGCAGCAGCCCCGACCACCUCCGGCGAAGCCCCUCUGCCAGGCGUCAGUGGGGACGACGCGACCGACCUCUGGCAACCCUGCUGGGCCAGGAUGAGCCCCAGGUGCACCCUGCCUUCCCCCAGCAGCCGCACAUCCCUGUAGAUGAGCCCCGUGCCUACGCUCUUCCCAGCACGCCGCCACGAAUGCUUCACCCAGCCGCUCACCCGCCCCACCAGAACCCAUUCAUGGUGGAUCUGCAUGACCAGGUGCACCAGGGACCUGUCCCUCUCUCCUACACGGUUACCACCGUAACGACGCAAGGCUUCCCCAUCCACGCUGGCCAGCACAUCCCUGGGUGCAGCACCCAGCAGCUCCCAGCAUGCUCAGUGAUGUUCAGUGGACAGCACUACCCGCUCUGCUGCCUCCCACCCCCGCUGAUUCAGGCAUGUGCCAUGCAACAACUUCCCGUCUCCUACCAGACAUUCCCCCCCAUCAUCUCCAGCGACCAUUACAUCCUGCACCCACCCCCACCGCCAGUGCCCCCCCACCAGCCGCCCCACAUGGCCCCCCUGGGGCAGUUCGUACCUCUCCAAGCCCAGCACCCACGUAUGCCUCUGCAGAGGAUAGACAAUGACGUGGACCUGCGAGGGGAGCAGCACCCCAUUGCAGGCUUCACAUACCCUCCGUCUCACCACGCUCCCACGCUGUCGCCCUCCAUGCCGCUGCAUUACCUCCCCCACGACCCGCUGCACCAAGAACUGCCAUUUGGCGUGCCAUACCCCCACAUGAUGCCCCGGCGGCUGAACACCCAGCGGUACCGGCUGCAACAGGCGCUGCCCCCACCGCCACCCCCUCCGCCACCUCCUCCGUACUAUCCGAGCUUCCUGCCCUAUUUCCUUUCUAUGCUUCCGGUGUCACCAACAGCCGUGGGGCCCACGAUCAGCUUAGACCUGGACGUGGAUGAUGUGGAGAUGGAGAAUUAUGAGGCACUGCUGAACUUGGCCGAGCGGCUGGGGGAGGCCAAGCCACGGGGACUCACCAAAGCAGACAUCGAGCACCUCCCGUCCUACCGCUUCAACCCCGAGAGCCACCAGUCCGAGCAGACCCUGUGUGUCGUGUGCUUCAGCGACUUUGAGGCCCGGCAGCUUCUCCGCGUCCUGCCCUGCAACCACGAGUUCCACGCUAAGUGUGUCGACAAAUGGUUAAAGGCAAACCGCACGUGCCCGAUCUGCCGGGCGGACGCGUCAGAGGUGCAGCGGGAGGCGGACUGAGGCUGGCGGGCGCUGUGCCGCACAAUUCGCUAGAGGACAAGGACGCCGGGCUCGGGCGGGGGCCGCUGCCCGCUGCUAGGGCCUGACCCUGCGCUUACCCCCCCUCCCCAAAGCCUCUCCUCGGAUGUGGUGAGCAUUGAGCAGUCCGGGCUCCCGGCCAGCCCUCCUCCUCCCCGCCGGGGCACGGACUCGGCCGGACGCCUGCCCGCUGCGCUCCCAGGGCCCCGAAUCGUGUUGUGCUGGAGGCGGGAGGUGCAUGGCCGUGCCCUCUGCGCUCCAAAGACGCUGUUGUUGCUCCAUCACUUUCCAGGUCUUUGUACUCUGCUAGGGAAUUAGUGGUUUUUCCCUUUGUCACUAAUUUUUUUUUUUUUUUUACGAUAGUUUUUUUUUCCCCCCCUUGUUUCCUUUUCAUUUCCAUCACGUUUUUGGUUCCUUGGCCGUUUGCCCUAGGGGCGCGCAGGCGGCUCCUCCCCUCAGCGUUGCUCUCGGGAGGACGCGGGGAGGAGAGAGGAGGGAACGCUGCGGGUUUGAUGCCGGCGGCAUCCCGGCCCCGGGGACAGCUGGAGGAGGUGGCUGGUGGAGCGCGGCCAAGGUGGGACACCAGCAACCCCACGGCGUGGCUGGGGCAGGAAGGCAGGAACACAGGAAUGCCUCUGUCCCCGCUCCUGUGCGCAGCCUGGCACAGCCUCUCUCCUGCCUCGGCUGCCCUGGGGAGCCCCAGAGGGCUAUGGCUGCUUGGGGUCUUUUGCCAGUGGGAGGAUGGUGCUGGCGCAGCCCUGGCUCCUCUCCGUGUUCAUUCCCCUGUGCCUGGCCAGCGCAGCUCCCGGGGCCGGGCCAUGUGGCAUCCCGCAAGGCAGCCAAGCUUGAGGAGGGGACAACCAACCCCGUCCCUAGGGCUUUGGGCAUGCGGUGUCCCCGGUGUGCUGCCCGGCCCCCGGCUCCUGCUCGUUUCUCUGUCCCGACGACGCAAAUCAAGGUAGCCCCGUGGCCCGUCCUGCUGGCUGGACGGCGCGGUUUCCGCGGCUGGUGGGCAGCGAGGGGCCGGCGGGGCUGCGGCCCCCAGAGCGGGCGGGGUUUAUUCAUAACCUCGUGGAGUAUUUUCAGUGCUACCCUGGCCUUGGCCCGGCUGGUGCGGGGGAAGCUGUGAGCGGUCCCCUUGCCACCGUAUCCCCCCUGCCUUUUCAGGGGCCGGGGGAGAAGCCGCCACGCCGCCGCCCGGCUCCAUCAAUCCCGCGUGGCCGUUGUUUUGCAUGAUUAAUUAGCGAGGAGGGUGACGGGAGGCGGUGGCAGGGGUGGUGGUGAGAGCACCGCCCUCCCCUCCUGGCGCGUCGCUGACGCCUGGGAGCUUCCGAGCGGACGCCAGCCCUAUGUAAAUGUUCACAAAUAUGCAUGCAUGUCUGACCAGCUUGGAACGUGGUCUUGGCUACGUCUAGCCGGCUGUGGGGUGAGGGGGGUGGGGAGAGGGGUUUUUGUGCUCAGCUGAUACUGCCAUGCACUGUACUGCACAUGUCCGCAACGCCACAGCAGGACCGUGAGACUUUCAGGGCCGUCCCCGCGGGGUCCGCGCCCGCGGCGGCGGCGUGUGCAAGGGACCGGGGCGGGAGGGGGCGGCUCCCCGCGGGGCGGGGGGCAGGCGCGGGGCUGGCCCCCGGCGGUGGCUUGGCCGGGUGCGAGGUGAGGGGCCGCGCCUGGCACAUGGGCGGGCACGAUGGUGUUCCCCACGCUGAGGGCCGGAGGGCAGUGCCAGCCACCGGUGGGCCGGCCCGGGACGCUGCCCUGUCGGGCGCGGGGGGCGGCGAGUGGCGGGGGGCUACGGGCCAGCUCCCCCUCGCCGCCCUUUCCCACCUCUCCGGCGGCCGCCCUCCAUGCGGAGCAUCGAGGCCGAGGGCCCCGGCCCGGCGCCACCCGCUCCGCCGUGGCACGGGCGCCGGCACCGCUGGGCUCGGUGCCCCUUGGGCAGGACCCCGGCCCCCUCCCCGUCCCUCACUCAGUGACAGAUAACCAAAGGAGUCCCCGGCUUCGCGCCCCCGGAGACGCCCCCCUCCUCCCCUCCCGCCCUCGCGGUGCCCAGGGAGCCAGGAAAGCCUUACGGUCCUUUGACGGCGACUCGAAAGCUCACAGCUCGUGUGCUGCAGAAUUUAUUCCAAUGAGCAGCUAAAAGUAUCAUUUAAAAAAAAAUAACAAAAAGAAAAAAUGACAAAAAAAAAAUACUAAAAAACAAUUAUUUAGGGUGUUUGUGAUUGCUGACUGCGCUGUAGAUACCACUGUUUACCAAUGAAUUCCUGUGGUGGGAUAGUGGACUGUUUACUGUUCUAUUAUACCAGUCCCCGGGCCCUCCGGUGGGACCCCCGCGUUCCCCGCGGCUCCCCGGAAGGUGCUAGGACGUGUGUUCUGUGUUAGAAAGUUUUUAUAUAUAUAUAUAUAUAUAUAAAUAUAUAUAUAUAAUUUUUUUUGCUCUGUUACUUGCACAUUUUACAGUUACCUCAUUUUUCCCAUGUAUGUAUUUGAAAAAAGGCUAAUAUAUAGAAAAAAAAGGUUCUUAAAAGCUCUAAAAGUGUUUGUUUUUUUCCAUUCCAUUGGAAUCAUAUUGGUUUUGUAGCAUUUAACAUAACUAGUAUGUUGUAUUAUAUAUAUGUGUAUUAUACUGAUUGAAAUUUUUAACAGAUUUGUACUUUUUUUAAAAUGAAAGUUGCUAGUUCUGCUUGACCAAGUAGUGCAAUCAUUAUUUUUUUUAAUGUUGUGGCUGAUUUUGAGAGGGAUAUUCACUAAUAAAUGUAUGAUGUAUACCAACA